AGGGUUAAGGUUCGACUCUCUGUCUCUACACAUUCUUUUCUCUUUUCCUUGCUGUGUCUUUUUACUUCGCCAAAAACCCUAAUAGGCGCCAAUAUAUUCGUUGAUCAGCCUCGUUCGCUGUAACUAUUUGGUUUCAAAUAUCAAUUCCCGUUCCCGCCUCCCAUUAUUUCACUUCCAAUCUCUCUCGAUUUCCAUCCUUUAUCGAUUCAUCAAAAGCUCAGCGGUACCAAAUUUCCCCCCAUUGUAACAAAAAUGCCUUGGUGUGAUCAUUGCAAAAAGAAUACUCCAACAGUUCGUGAUGAUGAUGGCUAUUCGUGCUGUUCCGUCUGUGGAAGAGUUAUUGAUCAGGAUAUGUUCUCAUCCGAACCUACUUUUUUUGUUGAUGCUGGAGGGCAGAGUCGAAUGUCUGGAAAUUUUGUAAAGAGUGUCGAAAGCGGUUACUCAGAGUCAUUCGAAAGGACUGUGAAUAAGGGAAGAGAGGAAAUUAGUUAUAUGGCAACAAGUCUUGGAAUAAGUGGUGGUGAUUCUGUGAUUGAUGAAGCGGCAGGCUAUUACAAGAUAGCAGUAAACAGGAAUUUCACUAGGGGGCGGAGGACAUUGCAGGUUGCGGCUGCUUGUCUUUACCUCACAUGUCGGACAAAUGAAAAGCCAUUCCUUCUCAUUGAUUUUUCAGAACAUUUACAGAUAAAUGUCUACCUACUAGGAGCUGUGUUUUUGCAGCUCUGCCAAUUGCUGAGGCUUGAACAGCAUGACUUUGUUCAAAAACUUGUUGAUCCUUCUCUAUUCAUUCAUCGAUUCACAGAACGUUUAUUGGGAAAGAAGAGUGCAGAGGUGUCUAAAACUGCAUUGCUCAUCCUAGCCAGCAUGAAGAAAGAUUGGAUGCAGACUGGACGAAAACCUAGUGGCUUGUGUGGUGCAGCAUUGUACAUAUCUGCACUUUCCCAUGGACUCAAGUAUUCAAAGGAAAAUAUUGUAAGUAUUGUACAUAUCUGUGAAGCAACAUUAACUAAACGCUUGAUUGAAUUCGAGAACACCGAAUCAGGGAGCUUGACGAUUGAGGAGUUCAAUAUGAAAGCCGAUGAGUAUGAAAAACAGGGAAAUUCAAGACAAGCAAAAUCACUUGAGACUCAGAAAUUGCUUUGCAAACACAAAAACACUGGCAAUUCUGAUUCCUCCCGCGUACUUUGUAAAGAUUGCUAUGAUUUCGUCAAAUUUUCCGGAGGACUUCAUGGAGGUUCAGAUCCUCCAGCAUACCAGCUUGCCGAAAAGGAGAGGAUGGCAAAAGCUACUGCAGAAACCUAUGCUUCGAAAAUUUCAGUGUCAUCUUCCCAAGAGACUCAAGAUGCUGUUGAGAAAGAGAAACUCAGCCCCGAACCAUCACCUCAUAUUGGAACACAAGAAGGUGCUACUAUUGGACAUCAGGAGGCGGUUGAGGAAGGGGCUUCUGAUCAACCACGAGGUGAUGAGGAUAUGGAUACGAUAGAUGGUGGUGAAUCAGAAAGCCUAUCUGACAUCGACGAUGCUGAGGUGGAAGGAUAUCUUCACAACGAGGAGGAAAAACACUAUAAAAAGAUAAUCUGGGAAGAGAUGAACAAGGAGUAUAUUGAGGAACAAGCAGCUAAAGAAGCGGCAGCAGCUGCUGAGGAGGCCCGAAUGGCCAGUUUGCCAUUGGAAGCACAGGAACUUGAAGCAGCAAGAGCAGCUGGCGUUGCCAAGUCAAGAAAGGAAAGGCAAGAAAAACGAGCUGCAGAUGCUAAGAAUGCGGCUCCUGCUCGAACUCCUGCUGAAGCCACUCGUCAAAUGCUAACUAAAAAGAGACUCAGCUCCAGAAUAAACUACGAUGUGUUGGAGAAACUUUUUGAUGAUGACUACAUGACUGAUGAGGCCGUAAAAAAGAAACGGACUGAAUAUGAUAAAAGAGAUAUUCCUCCUAACAUUGAAGUCAGGCCUGAGGAGGAAGAUGAACUUGAACCAGGUCUUGUGGACAAUGAGGAUUACGAGGAAGAUGGCAAUGGAGGAACGUAUGACUACUAUGGUGAUGAAUCAUCAUAUUAUGGAAAUGAAGGGGAGUAUGGUGACGAUGCUGAGGAUUACAAUUACAAUCCGGAGGAUUAUUGUUGAAAUAUCAGUUGGAUACUUUUACAUUAUUGAGUGUUUGUUUUUCUCUAAGCCAAACCGAUUUGAAAUGUAAACCAAUUACAUUACAGAGAUGAUAGACUGAAACCGUUACAUAUGUUUAAAAAUCAGUACAGAUUACAUACUCUCUCAGUUAUAAUUAGUGUAUUGGAUGGAUCAAUUGCAAAUUAGCAAUACAGAAUA